AUGGGUGUCGGUCAAAGCCGUGAACUACUGGGAAAAGUCAGUGAUGACCGUGUCUUUGUCUGUACUAAUCGUGAAGAGUUGCUGGACUUAUUAACAGAGAUGCAAAGUGUCCUUAUGCCAGAGAAUGAUGAUAUAGAUAAUAUGGAGGAAGAGAAUGAGGCGCAAGGAGUGGAUGAGGCCAAUGAUAGUGGUAAGGAUGAUAACAUCAACAACACAGGUGCUGAUGAUGAGGAUGAUGAUGAUGAUGAUGAUGAUGAUAACGAGAAGAAAGAAGAUAAUCAAAAGGAUGAGCAACAACAACAAGAACAAAUUGAAGAUAAAGAGGAGAAUGUUGAAAAGGAGGAAGACGCAGAAAAUAUAGAAAUUGUGGAUGUUACUCCUAUAGAAGUCAUUCAUAUUCCAAAUCACUACUUGGGAGAUGAAGGUCUUAUCUUUGGUCAUCCUGCUGUAUUACAAGUCCUUGCUGCAAGUACUUCACUACGUUCACUAAACAUUGGAUUUAAUUCUCUCACCGCACGCUCUGUUGCUGCUCUUCUUGGUAAAGAGAUUGAGAAUCUCAACAACAAGGAUAAUGAUGAUGAUAAUGAUGAUAAUGAUGAUGAUGAUGGAAACAGGGCUGUAGAUGAUGUCCAUCUUAACAAUGGUGGUUUACCUCCCAAUCUGUUAUCCUUAAAUCUUGCUGGUAAUACUAUUGGACGUGAGGGAUGUGAACUUCUUGCAGGGUUUCUCGCUCGUGAUCCUCCACUGCGGGAACUCUCACUUUUUCAUAAUGGCCUUUACGACAGUGAUGUGGAACCUCUUCUACAUGCAUUGAAGACAAACACACACCUUCGUCUCCUUAAUCUUGACUACAACUUCCUUACAGGAGGUUUUCUCCGUCAGUUAUUGGAGUUAUUGAAAGAACAUAAUAGUACACUCGCUGUCGUUUUGUUUGAUGGUCCAUAUGAUAUGGAAACAUUUGAACGUAAACGUGAGAUUGUACAGCCAGAGAAAAUACCAGAUGCAAGUCAAGUUGGUGCUAAUGCACGAGCGUUACUACGGCAAAAAUUACUACGCGCUGAUCUCUCUGGUCGUAUUCCAUUUCCAGCAGAUCUUGUGCAGGAGGUGGAAACUAUUCUCGCCCCACGACGAGCCGAAUAUAUAGCAGAACUAGAAGCAGAAAAAGAAGCCAAAGCGGAAAAGGAAGCAGAAAAAGAAGCAGAAAAAGUGUUAGCUCUCUGGGGACAAAAUGAGGGAUGCUCCCCGAUUAGCUCUUCUCAAGGAUCUUCCAAUGAUGAAGAGGGAGGUGCAUUAGAAAAACAACAAAGCACAAUGGAAGAAGGUGAAGAAGAGGAAGAAAAGAAAAAAAAGAAUGGAAACAAUAAUGAAAAUGUUGUAGAUAAGAUGGGUAAUGGUACUGUGGGUGGUACAGAAGGAUUAAAUAAUGAUAGUACGAAUAUUACAGAUGUAACCCCUACAGGUAGUGCUGGAUGGACAACAUAUAGUAGUAAAACCAAAAAUGCCUCUGCUCACACCGCAUUACCAGAAGCCCAAAGUACAGAACGAUUAAACAGUCGAGCAGAUGAUUCUAUUACAAUCCCACCUGUUAAAUCUACUCGAGGACGUUCUAUUACAAGUGUGGCUGGUGCGAAGGCGGCAACGGCGGCGGCGGCAACAGAGGCAGCACAGGCAUGGCGAUCUAAACGUAAUGUUGAUACUGGUAAAGAAUUAUCAAACGGCUUUGAUCGAUUGGUGUUAGCACCACCAAUUCUCGCUCCAGGUGCGAAAACAGUUUGGCAUCGCGUGGAGGGUCCACCGUGUCGUUUACGGGCGUGUUGGUGUGAUCCCCGCGAUGCCCCAGUUCCCUAUGGUGGACAAUUACACUAUCAUUGUAAACAUGAACCCACCGGUGGGGAAUUGGGGGAUAUGGGUGCGGAUGGAGUUCCCCUCGCCGCUAAGCGAACUCGUGUGAAACACGAUCACAGCUCCGUGGUUCGACAAAUCACAUUAACAAAAGCAGGAGCCGCCAAUGGAAAGAGGAAAAAGACUAUUUAUGAAGGUUGUAAAGAGACAAGUCAUCGUUGUGAGUCGCUUGGAUUCUAUGGACGUCCAAAACCAGAUAUGAGUUCGGUAUAUUUCUUUGCAUCUCGUCACCCAAUGCAAGCACGUGCCCUAGUAAUGGAUAAUGAUGUUGAGUGA